GCAGCAUUUUUACCAAACAAAAAGUCAGCAGUAAACAAAAGCGUUCCCUGCGUGUCUACUCGAAUAAUUUCAAGUAUUUUUACGUUUUUACUCAUAAAACUACUUUUAAAAACAUGUCGACUUCGGUCCACACGCCCUCGGUGGCGCUCAGCAAAUACCGGGACCAGCACUUUAAGGGUUCAAGACACGAGCAGGAAAGACUACUUCGUAACUCCUCCACACUGUACGUGGGAAAUCUGAGUUUUUAUACAACCGAGGAGCAAAUUCAUGAAUUGUUUUCGCGGUGUGGCGACAUUCGCCGAAUCGUGAUGGGACUGGACAAGUUCAAGAAAACCCCUUGUGGCUUUUGCUUCGUAGAGUAUUACACCCGGCUGGAUGCGGAAUACGCUAUGCGUUAUAUCAAUGGAACCCGGCUGGAUGAUCGAAUUGUACGCGUGGAUUGGGAUGCCGGGUUUAUUGAAGGCCGUCAGUAUGGACGGGGCAAAACGGGGGGUCAGGUGCGUGACGAGUAUCGGCAGGAUCACGAUUUGGGCCGAGGAGGAUAUGGCAAAAUGGUUGCCAGCGGGCAGUUGGGAGCUGGUCCGAAUGUCCGAGAUACUUGAGCAAGGGGCAAGUUUGAUGCGAUUCGAUUUAAGAUAAUAUUAUUUUUGUGACUAGAGUCUAGGACGAUUAUCGUGGAAAAUAUAUGAAACACAUGUUGAAA